AAAAUAGAAAGAAGCAGAGAGAGAUUAGUCAGAGAGACGAAGGAGACGAUGACAAGCAAAGACGAAUUUUCCGGAGAUCGAGCUGCGAUUCGCUGCGCCAGAGCUACGAUGCUUCUCUAUUCACUGUCAUCAUCACGUACAAUCGAUACCGCCGGCGAGCAGGAGAAAGGAGAAACGCGAAGAGAAAUAGAGUAUCUGAAGAGAAAGCUUACCAUGGAGAAGAAAAAGAUGAACAGGAUUAAGCUUUGCGGAUUGAUGGAGCUGCUUCUUCUCGUCAUUUUGAGGCUUCAUGUUCCUAUGGAACUAUCAGAUUGGAGUGUUCAGUUUCAGCCUGAUUCUUAACUUUUUCUUAGUUCCUCGUCGUGCUUAGCUUUGUGAUUGAACUCCCUAUUUUUAGUGAGUAUCUGCAGAACAUUCAGCUUAUCCAGCUUAUUUGCUAGUUAGAACCUGCUCCAUGAUAAACUUCCAAACUGAGAAAAUGGGACUUUGAUUCAGAUAUCUCGAUCCUGAAUGCUGUUAGCAGAGGCUUUACUAUUUGAGUUCUGGAGAUCUUGUUCUUCUUGCAAUCAUCUUCUUGAACAUAAUGCUCGUUCCUGAGUCCUGAGUAGCCUGAAUCUGACUGAGCUUUUCUCAGUUCCUCAUCAUGCUUGGCUUUGACCUCUGGAGAUCUUAUUCUUUUUGCAAUCACCUUCUUGUAACAUCAUGCUCAUUCCUGACUGUUGUUAUCAGAGGCUUCAUAUUCCUAUCGAGCCAUCAAAUUGGAGGGUUCAGUUUCAGCCUAAUUCUGAGCUUGGCUUCAGUUUUCUCAUCCUGAUUGGCUUUGUGAUAUAACUCCCUUCUUUUCAUGUUCUCAGAACAAGCAGCUUUAUCACCUUAUUUGCUAGUUAGAAUUCUGGUAAGUCAAAGAAAUGGGACUUUGAUUC